AUGUCCCCGAAAAGAAAAGGAUCUAUUGCAGCGAAUUCCGACAACUCGUCGGCAAACAACCACACAGGGAUUCACUCGCUUCUCUCUGCUGCCAUACCUGGUUUAUCCACCGAACUGAGCUCGAUCAAGAACGAUCAGCUAUUGCUACUGAUUAUACAAUAUUUUACAGAUCUCGGAGGACCGUUUAAAGACAUUGCCGACCAUGUGAGCCAGACCACAGGCCUCCAAGUCACCGACCGCCAUCUUAGAGAGUUUAGCGAUUUUUUACGAGACACCAAAGUUGAUCUAGAAGGGGCAAGUUCUUUAGAAUUGAUAAACAACAAUCUAGCCCAGCUUGUGGGUGACGACUCGCAAUUGUCAAAAAUUCAACGAGAUGUCCGUGUGCUGAUCAAAAAGACCCUGUUCCUGGAAAGCCUGAUCCUCCUGAGAAAUAACAACCGAGCAUUGCGAACCCUGAGAACACUCACAGCAGACUAUCCUGACGAUGAAAAGGUGGAAAGUCUAAGCAAGAAAUUGAGCUCGUUGCUGGUCAGUUUUGGCGACCAGAUUGAGCUCGUCGACUCCAGCACUAAAGCUCUACUCGAAGAGCUGGGAUGGCAAAUAGGUGGAGAUCUUGCUGUUUCGAGAGAGUGCCUUGUCAAUCAGGUGCUGGCGCUGCUUCCUUCCGAUAAAGUUAUCCCGCCACAUAGACUAGCACAGCUGUUGAAACAGGCAGUGGCAUACCAGCAGCUUAACGAUCCUUACUACAUUCCUACGAGCUCGUCGCAACCCCUAACUUUACUGAGAGACGCAAACACAUACAUGAAGGACCAAUUCCCAAAAAACCUAAAGAUCCGUCUUGAACAUCACGAAAAUGAGUGCUGGUUCGUCAAGUACUCCAACACGGGGAAAUAUCUGGCCAGUGCUUCGGUCGAUAAAACGAUUGCUAUUUACGACACACAAACCUACCGAUUGCACAAGCACCUCGUCGGCCACGACAACACGAUUAUAUACCUGUCGUGGUCUCACGAUGACACCAAGAUCAUCACCUCUUCUUUUGACCAGACCGUCAAGGUGUGGGAUCUUGAAUCGGGUAGCUGCAUUGCCACCAUCUCUGACCAGGACCUGUUCAACUCGAAUGUCCGGAUUCGGUCAGUGGAAUUUUUCAAGUACAGUGACCAGUUCAUCAUUGGCUCACCCGACAAAAAGCUGUGCAUUUUCAACCUAGACAAGGAGCUAGUUUACGAUUUCAAAAUCUCCCACAGAAUUGAAGAUCUGGCUCUGGUCAACGACGAAAAAUUGCUUGUUGUAACGCACUCAUGCCAACUGAUGAUUUAUGAUAUCACUUCUUCCAGCUACGAGCUUUCUAGCAUCAUCAAUAUCGAGAAACAACUAACCUCCAUAACCGUUUCGCCGGACGAUCCAGACCACUGUCUGAUAAACGUGAAGGCAGACGAGCUGCAGCUCUGGAACAUCUCUAAGACUUCCCGGCCGUACCUGGUGAACAAAUACUACGGGCUCCAGCAGUCGGACUACAUAAUUAGGGGCUGCGUUACAGACAAAAACCUUGUUCUUAGCGGAAGCGAAGACGGGCUGAUUUACAUUUGGAAUAAAAAGUUUGGCAACCUCAUAGAGUGUUUGAAAGGGCACAAGUCUCUCAUCAACUGCAUCGACUGGAAACCAACCGACAAUGACGACUACGAAUGGGCAAGUUGUGGCGACGACGGGGUCGUGAACAUCUGGGGCGUUUAG